GGAAAGGAAAGAAAGAAAGAAAAGUAGAAAACUACACUCUUGAGGUCCAUUCUCAAUCUUAUUAAUAUAUUUUUGUGUAGAUGAAGAUCAACAAGAGAAGGUGUUGUUGUGAGUUGUGUUGUUAUGGUACCUUCCUUCAACCACAAAACCUCUCUCCCUCUACCACCCAUUCUCUUCUCUCUCUCUCUCUCCCUUCCUCCAUCUCUCACCUUCUCAAUCUCAUCACCACCACCAUCAUCAUCAUUAUCUUCUCCAAUCUCUAUAACCUCGAAAUCCCUCAAAACCUCACCCUCAAACCAAAUGAAAUGACCCUCUUGUGAGAACAUUUUUUCCCCCUUAAGAAAAGGUCAAAGGCUGCAACUUUUUCUUAACCAAUCUCACAUUUUUUAUUUUUCAACGUAUUUUGGCCAGGUUUGGUUUUCUGGGUUGUCUUGGAAUUCAAAAAAGAUUCCAACUUUGAAGAUGGGUAGGGGUGGAACCGCCGCGGCGGCGGCGGAGGUCGCCGAACCCGGUUUAAGGCCGGUUUAUUUCAAAGAACAGCGAUAUAGGGGCGUCAGAAAAAGACCGUGGGGCCGGUUCGCUGCCGAAAUCAGAGACCCUUUGAAGAAAGCCAGGGUUUGGCUCGGAACCUUUGACACCGCCGAGGAGGCGGCGCGUGCCUACGACACGGCGGCGAGAACCCUCCGGGGACCAAAGGCGAAGACCAAUUUCCCUCUUUCUCCGCCGUUCUACCAUCCCGAUCCAUUUUCCGAUCACCGGCACUUCGCCAACACCGGCGAAGAUUUCCACGAUCACCGGCGACCAACAUCCAGUGGCAUGAGCAGCACCGUAGAGUCCUUCAGCGGCCCCCGUGCUGCCGUGCCGGCGACAGCGCCGGUGGCCACCGGCCGGAGAUAUCCCCGGACGCCACCCGUUAUCCCCGAGGACUGCCGCAGCGACUGCGAUUCGUCGUCCUCCGUCGUUGACGACGGCGAAGGCGACAACGUGGCGUCGUCGUUCCCGCGAGAACCGUUGCCGUUUGAUCUAAACGCGUUGCCGUUAGACGAUGCUGACGUGGCAACCGAUGAUCUGUUCUGCACCGUUCUUUGCCUCUGAUGAGAAAAAAUGAAAAAACGGAACGAAAUGAUGUAUUUGGUUCGUUGACGGAAUUAUUAUUAUUUUUUUCUUUCUUACUCUUUAUCAUCUACUUGAAUUUUUUUUUAUCUUUCUCUUUUUCCCCCUUUUUUUUACUAUGCGGAGAAAAAUGAAAAAGAAAAAUGUGAUUGAUGAUCAGUUAUGAAGAUUAUGGUGAUAUGAUCUUAAUUUCUGUGAAGAGUAAUUCUUCAGGGUAUUGUUGCA